UUGCGAAGGGGGCGGGGCUACGAGGCGUACCAGCGCUGCUGGAAACGUGCUAGCAGUUAGUGUGAUCCGUCGGUGUAUCGUUUCCCACAAAAUUCAACUUCCAAAAACAAAUUCCCGACUGCCAGCGGUGAUACGAAGCGGAGGUACCUUCACCUCCAUAUUGGCUCGACAUUUGUCCUUCAGCUGGGUGGUAUUGGGCAGCCAGAGUUGGACGGACAUCGACACACAACGGCAGCAGAGGAUACUGUUAUUAGCUAGCUUCACGGCUAACUUGUUCCGACAUAUCAGCUGCCUCAGCGCUGUAUGUGCGGCAAUAACAUGUCAGCGCCUUUACCUGCCAUUGUGCCUGCUGCCCGGAAAGCCACUGCGGCGGUAAUUUUUCUGCAUGGCCUUGGUGAUACAGGGCAUGGCUGGGCUGAAGCUUUCGCAGGCAUCAGGUUACCACAUGUGAAAUACAUCUGCCCGCACGCUCCCACCAUGCCUGUGUCUUUGAACAUGAGAAUGUCCAUGCCUUCCUGGUUUGACAUCUACGGGUUGAGCCUGGAUGCGGAUGAAGACGAGGCUGGUAUUAAGAGAGCAUCAGAGAACAUUAAAGCCUUGAUAGACCAGGAGGUGAAGAAUGGAAUACCAUCCCACAGAAUUAUCCUCGGUGGUUUUUCACAGGGUGGAGCACUUUCACUCUACACGGCUUUGACAACUCAGCAGAAGCUGGCUGGAGUGGUCGCUCUGAGCUGCUGGCUCCCGCUCCGCAACUCCUUCCCUCAGGCCUCUGCCAACACUGCUAACAAGGACAUGCAGGUUCUGCAAUGCCACGGGGACUCCGACCCUCUGGUCCCCUUCACUUUUGGCAGCCAGACAGCAGCGAAGAUGAAAGACCUCAUCAAUCCAGAUAACAUGGUCUUCAAGUCGUACAGAGGUCUACCUCACAGCGCCUGUCCAGAGGAAAUGGUGGAUGUCAAGCGUUUCAUAGAGAAGCAGCUUCCUCCCAUCAGCGACGAGUGAACUCAGGAGUAGCCGCACGACCGCACAGCACCAUCAGAGUCCUUCGGGCCUCAGUCCAGCGAGACUUUGUGGACUCGAGGAACCACUGACUUACUUGACAACAAAACCACGCUGCUACUCUUAGAGCCAGACAGGACAAAGGCUACAUGUUAGCCCAGGAGAGGCAUGACUGUAACGAUGCUGCAUCCUGACUUUGGAGCCACACAGUGUUACAGUAGAGUAACAUUAGUCGCUUGAUUGUUAAGCUAAUUGCCAUUGAGACAAGCCAUUUCCUGUAGGAAACGUAUGUAUUGGAAUACCUAGGGCUAUACUUUUUGGUUUAUUACAUACUAUCUCACAAUAAAUGGCCUGUUGUUAAAUUUUCUUUUAUUUUAUUAAUGUAGCGUCUGUGUAGUAGUGCUGAAAUUAGUUUCUUAAAUGAUAAAUUAAUUUGUUUAAGGCCUUUUUAUCAGCAAAAAUGCCAAACAUGUUUUUGCUUCCAGUCAGCCUCUCAAUUUUGAGUAUUUCCUUCUGUUUUAAUGAUUGUAAAUUUUAAUAUUUUUGUCUUUUGGAUUUGUUGUCAAUCCAAACCGAUUUCAAGACAUCAACCUGGGCUUUCAUAGCACAUAAUGGACAUUUUUCCAGUGUUUUUAACAUCCUGUAGACUUACACGUGAAUUAUAAAAAAGAAUAAAUGUUAAAGGGGCAGUAUGUAAAAAUUUAGUCAAAACAUUCAGAAAAUGAAGUAACAUCAUCAACAGACUGUGAAAAAUAACAGUUUUGCAAUAAUGGCAUCAUUUGAUUAUGUUGCAGACAGGUUAGCAUGUUAACCUGCUAACCCCAGUCAAAUGCUGCUGUGCUAGCGGUGUAAACACCAACACACAUUCAGUCCCUGAGCGCCUAGUCCGAACUGCUAGCUGCAUGUCUGAAUAAGGGCAGCUGCAGUUGCUUUGAGUAUGAAUUUAACAAAUGGCCAAUUCUUACAUAUUGCACCUUUUUAAUUUUCAUGGAAUUAAUGAUUUUUUUUGCAGCCCUAAUGUGUAGUAAAUAACACAAAAUCUUAACGUUCAUUAGCAUUAGCAUUCUCAGACAAAAAGCACAUAUGCCUCAAUCACAUUAAAAGCAUCUUAAUAUGCAACCCACAUGUGAAGCAUCUCUAAUAAUGUAUAUCUCCAUAUGAAAGAAUAUUCUGUGAAUGAAUGAAUGGCAAAAAAAACCCAACA